GUCCGUGUGAGCUUGCCGGCUUGCACGUGCGGUGUGGCGGAAGGACGCGACUUGGGCAGGGGGCUCGCCCGGGAGCGAAGCGGGUCUGGUUCCCCCGGGACGCGGCGGGUCCGGCGGAGCGCGGUGGCCGCCCUGUGCUGCGCGGUGAGCGCCGCGCGGCCGCAGCAUGCCUCACAGGAAGAAAAAACCCUUUAUAGAGAAGAAGAAAGCUGUCUCUUUUCACCUGGUCCACCGGAGCCAGCGAGAUCCUUUAGCAGCAGAUGAAACUGCACCUCAGCGGGUUCUGUUACCCGCACAGAAAAUAAAUGAUGAGGAUCGGCGGGCGGAACAGAGGAAGUAUGGAGUCUUCUUUGACGAUGACUACGACUACCUGCAGCACCUGAAGGAGCCGUCUGGGCCUUCUGAACUGAUUCCUUCAAGUAUCCUGAGUGCAUCCCACAGGAAAGAUGAAAAAGAAGAAACUUUAGUCAUUCCAAGCACUGGAAUUAAGUUGCCUUCAUCGGUGUUUGCAUCAGACUUUGAGGAAGAUGUCGGAUUAUUAAAUAAAGCUGCUCCUAUUUCAGGCCCUCGACUGGAUUUUGAUCCUGACAUUGUUGCAGCUCUCGAUGAUGAUUUUGAUUUUGAUAAUCCAGAGAAUCUGCUUGAAGAUGAUUUUAUUCUUCAAGCCAAUAAGCCAACAGAUGAGGCAGAAGGAAUGGACCUACGGGAAGCUGAGGAUAGCAAUGAGUGGGAAGAUGUGGAUGAUGAGGAGGGAAGUAGCGGCGAUGAGGAUGAUGACUCCGCAGGCCCGUUAUCAGAUGAGGACAUGUCUGCCCCUGGAACACCUCUUGGGGAUCAAGAAAAGCACUUUUUCUGGGAAGAGGAAACAAAAAGUCGCUUCACUGAGUAUUCUCUAACAUCCUCAGUCAUGAGGAGAAAUGAACAGUUGACUCUGCACGAUGAGAGAUUUGAGAAGUUUUAUGAGCAAUAUGAUGAUGAUGAAAUUGGAGCGCUGGACAACGCUGAAUUAGAAGGUUCCAUUCAAGUAGACAGCAAUCGCUUAGAGGAAGUUUUGAAUGACUACUAUAAAGAGAAGGCAGAGAAUUGCGUAAAAUUAAAUACUCUUGAACCCUUUGAGGAUCAGGAGCUGCCAAUGAAUGAACUUGAUGGGUCUGAGGAAGAGACUGUUACUGUGGUUCUUGAAGAAGCCAAAGAGAAGUGGGACUGUGAAUCCAUCUGUAGUACCUACUCAAAUUUAUAUAAUCAUCCACAACUUAUCAAAUACCAACCAAAGCCUAAACAAAUUCGAUUAUCUUCUAAAACAGGAAUACCUCUCAAUGUAUUACCCAAGAAAGGACUCACCGCGAAACAGGUUGAGCGGAUGCAGAUGAUUAAUGACAGUGAUCUGCCUAAGGUGUCAACCCAACCACGUUUGAAAAAUGAAAGCAAAGAAGAUAAAAAGGCAAGAAAGCAAGCUAUCAAAGAAGAGCGCAAGGAACGAAGGAUGGAGAAGAAAGCUAACAAGUUAGCCUUCAAGCUGGAGAAAAGUAGGCAGGAAAAGGAAUUGCUCAACUUGAAGAAAAAUGUUGAGGGUCUAAAGUUAUGACAAUGGGACAUUCGGGUAAACAUACUGCCCGUUAGGAACUUACAAAUAACUUCAGUGAUGAAUGAGGAGCCUCAGGACCACAGAACUAACCUGCUGUUUGUACCAGACGACACGGGAAACAGUACAAUAUUUGUAUUUUUAUCAGUAAUCUUUUGUCUGCUUUCUUGAAAAUAUUGUAAUAUUUUAAAAUGUCCUAUAAGCUUAUGGUUGAAGUAAUGACUUCAUGAAUGUGAAAUGUUUGGAUAAAGUAAAGGAAAAUAACUUCAUCACUUAAA